AUGCACUUUCACUUCAUCUGGCUCCUUCUCCUGGCAACUCUGGAGCAUGCAACGGGGCAGAGCUCCAUUGGCCUUUGCAAGCCUGCCGCGUCUUCUUGUGCAGCCCUGCCCGAGGCUUCUGCGGAACUCUGCUCGGAGCUUAUUGGUAUCUCAUGCGCUGUCCCAUCGAAAUCACUCUCUCAAACGGCCUGCUUCGUGCCCGCCGCAAGCGAAGCGGUUACGGUUACCAAGCCUGUCGUGAUCCGAGAAACAGAAACCAUCACGGCAACUACUACAACUGAGGUUACCACUACUACCUACUCAAAGAGCAGAACUAAGACGCUUCCUACCAUCACGGCGCUGUAUACCACAAAGGUUGUCUCCCGGACCGAUACCAAGUGGCUGUACACCACGCUUCCCAAACCUCGAACAUAUCUGACUACAGUCAUUGUUACUACCACACUGCCAGCCACAAAGACGCGCAGCACUACUUCAACGUGGGCUCAGCAGUCCUGCGAUGCUGGGAACAACAAGCUGAAGCUUAGGAGAGGGCACUUGGGUGAAAGAGCCGUGCUUCCCCGUGACUGCUACUGCUAUUUGACAAGCACCUCAACCAGCGCCAUGACAGAAUCCACAACCAUUGUUGAAAGACCCACGGUUACCACGACCUACACCAAGAUCGCAAGCGGAAAGUCCCCAACUGUCACCAAGCACGUUACCGUCAAAGAAACCACUACCGUCUCCAUGACCAUUGGUGCAGUCACUGACAUUUCCACCACCAUCACCAAGACCAGGCUCUCCAAGAGCACAGCAACAUCCAUCUCUACGCGAUUCUCCAUCUCAUCUGUCACCGUCCCCUGGACCAAGACCGCCACGACGCGAACCAUCCCCGUCUCCACCGUCCAGGUCAACCCGUGCGGACCUACAGGCUACGGCCGGAUCGAAAUCGGCGUUCCCGACUCCCCGGAACUCAUGGAGAGCAACGAGGUGUCCCUCCCAGGCAGCACCAACAUCAACAAGGACUGCUGCAAUGCCUGCUACAACACCCUUGGCUGUGUCUAUUGGGCUCGCAGCAACACUGAUGGAGCGUGCCUCAACUUCCAGGCCAUCGACUCGGCUGGAUGCUCGACCUCUCAGUGUCCCAACGGUUUCCCUGAAUUCGGUGUUUCCGACACUGACGAUGGCUACAGCUACUAUGCUGGACCUUGUGGAAGCGGUUUGGUGUGA